AUGAUUAAUUAUAGUGUUCGGUUUACUCUUGGUUCUGGUAAUAAAAAGGUCUUAAAAUAUGCUAAACAAACUUCAUUCUUUAACAGGUUAUGUGAAAUAGAAGAAGAAUGUCAGAGCAAUUCACUGGAAGUUAAAGAGGAAGAAGAAGGCAUCAAACUUACGGGACACAUCUGUAAACCUACUGUCAAUCAUGGUAAUUCAACCCAGAUCUAUACGUUUGUUAAUGGCAGGCCAAUAAAAGACAAUCUACUUAUUGGUGCAAUCAGAUAUGCAUAUCAAGAUUUCAUUCUAAGUGGAAGGUACCCUUUUGCAGUGCUGCACUUAGAGAUACCAUACGAUCAAGUAGAUGUAAAUGUGCAUCCAAAUAAAUCAGAGGUAAGGUUUCAGAACAAGAGGCUAGUAUAUGAAAUAGUGAGAAGAGGAAUAAUAAAAGCAUUAUCGACUAGAGUAGGUACGUUUGCAGCAAGUGAUGUUGAGUCUCAAAGUAUUGAGGAGUUUGAUAGCCAAGAGCAGAUUGAUAGUAAAGAGAAAAAAAACCAAAAAGAGUUUUACGAGAAGAGACCAAGUAUUUUAGAAAAUCGUUUAAUGAAAGAAUUCAACGCGCCAGACGAAAGAAAGCAAAGCUUAUCAGGAAGUUUUAAGUAUGAAGGUAUAGAGAAAUCUACACCACAGAAAGGAGUUAUAGUUCUAGAAAGAGAGCAAAUUGAUUUGGUAGAGGAUCAUCCUCUAGGGUGUGCACAUUGCCAAGUUUACAAUACUUAUAUUAUUGCUGAGGCUAAAGGCAAAUUAAUUAUAGUAGAUCAGCACGCAGCCCAUGAGAGAUUGAUAUACGAGUGCUUAAAACAAAAAUCAAGCAUAAAAAGACAAAAACUUCUUCUUCCUGAAACAGUUGAGAUUAAAAACCAAGCAGGAAUGGAGAUGGUUGAAAUGUGUAAAGAUAAGCUUUUCGAAAUGGGUUUUGGUGUUGAAAUACAAUCAGAAGAUAAAGUGACGGUAAAAGAAAUUCCUGCAAUCUUGGGAACAAUAAAUGUGAGAGAGAUGGUGAUGAAUAUAAUUGAUAGAUUGAUGGAGAUAGGAGAUAAUCUACCGAUAGAAGAAAAAGUGUUAGCUACCAUUGCGUGCCAUGGGUCAAUUAGAGCAGGGAGAAAAAUGAUGUUAGAGGAAAUGAACGAGCUACUGAGACGAAUGGAAGAAACAAAGUGUGCUGGGCAAUCCAACCACGGAAGACCAACUUACAUAGAAAUGAAACUAAGUGGUAUAGAAAAAUUGUUUGAAAGGAGAUGA